AUGCGUAUGUUUAUUAAUGGUCUCAAAUAUAUUAUACCAUGUCAUAAUCGACAGUCUCGUAAAUCUAUCGAACAAUUUGUUAUUGAACAAUAUCAAAGUAUAUCAACUACAGUAAAAAAUUGUCUUAAAGAUCAUCGACUAUCAACUAUAGAUGAACGUGCAAAACAAGCAUUUUCACAAUUAAAAGGAAUUUUUAUUCAACGUCUUCUACGUCAUCGGUCAGAUAUUGUUAUACAUCGUACAGAUAAAAGCAAAGUAUUUUAUAUUGGAAAAGUGACUGGUUUUGAACGAAAAGCAGAAGAAUAUAUAUUAAAAACUGAAGCUUAUAAAGAAAUCUCAAAUAGUCGUUGUCCUCUAUCAGAUAUUUUAUAUGCUGUACAAACUUUGCUCACGCAUCUUGUAAUACAAAAGGGUCUAACUGAUCAACAACGUACUAAAAUAUCUCCGAAGUUACACAAUUUAGAACUAGGUCAUUAUCAUGGUCUGCCAAAACCACAUAAACCUGGUACACCAUUACGACCUAUUAUUGCAUGCAUUCAUGGAUCAACAAGUUCGAUAUCGAAAUUUGUGAAUGAUCUUCUAGCACCUAUAUUUUUGAACGUUGCUCGUGAAGCAACAUUUAUUAACGGUAUUGAUGCCAUUAGAAAAUUAGAAAAGUAUGUGCUAGAUGAAUACUUUCAAUCUACAACAAAAUUUAUUACAGUUGACGUUACGGAUCUUUAUAGAAUGAUACCUCGAGAAGGUGCAUCACAAACAUUAAUGCGAUUUUAG